UCUUGCGCAGUGAAAACGGAGAAGGAAAAAGAAAACCUUCUCUCUCUCCGCUGCUAUGGCGCCCUUGGCUUUGAACUAGCAUUUGCUCGCAGCCUUGUGCUAUAUCCAUCACAUCCAUCCUCAGUGUUUCGCAAGAGAGUAGGUGUUUGCGAAAAUGAUUCUGAGAACGCCGCCUGCAAGGAAGCGGAAGGCGGACUCGAGGCCGAUGGAGAGCCCUAACUCCGAGCGGCAGCUCGUCAUAUACGAGGAUCCUCCGGCGCCGGAGUCGACUCACGAACUGCCUUCCGAGCACAUGCUCUGCACUUACCAAUGCCGCCAGAUGGUUAAAUCUGAGUUCUUCGAUGCCUUAAGUAGUGCAGAGAAGCAAGCUCAUGAUUGCCAAUCUAAGUUGGAGGUGCUAAAUGAUGACUAUUGCAAGGCAGAAGCUGAGAGGCAGAAACUUCGCGAUCAAUUCUUACGUGCAGAACAAGAACUUGCUGCUGCCAAAGGACGUGAACAUGCACUGCAAGAUCAGCUGUUGAAAGAGGUCAAUGAUUCUCAAGAACGGAUAAAGAAACAAAUACAAGCAUACAGUGAACUUGAGGUGAAGCUCCAAAAUGAAACUAAACUUCGCAGAAAAGCAGAGUCUUUAGCAGCUUCAGCCGAGGAGAAGGCAAGCAUUUUAGAAGGAAAAAUAAGCCAUCUCUCUGGAAGCACUGAAAGGGAAAAGAAACAACUUCAGGAUGAGAUUGUACAGAUUAAUAGAGAAUCAAAACUUUCUGUUUCUAGAAUAACUGCAGACCUUGAAAGAAUGGAAUGCAGAGCUAAUCAUGCUCAGAAAGAAUCUGAGCUGCUGAAACAACAGCUUGAAGAACUCCGAAGGCAGCUUGAUGAGAGCUUGUACCAGAAGGCUGAACUAGAGAAGAAGCUAUCAAGUUUCACAUUUCAAGAAAUUCCUUCUACAGGGAAUGAUGUUUUGUUGAAGCAUUUGCAAGAAGAGCUGCGGAUUUUUGAGGCUGAAGUGCGAGAAGCUAGGAGGUUAAAGUGUUCUCAUGAAAACAUUGAGUUACUGAAAGAGAAAUUAUUGGAGGAAAAAGGCCGAAGGGAGAGGGCAGAAUCAGAACUAUGUAAAUUAUCAGAUAUGCAGCUCACCAUUAAGAAGUUGGAGGAUGAAUUAUCUGCUUGGAAGAUGUUAGUGAAGGACAUUCCUGGUGUAUCAUGCGCUGAGGAUAUACCUCUCAAAUUUGCAGCUUUACAGAAAGAGGUGAUUCAAAGCAUGAGGAACAUGGGUGAGGCCAACACCCGCUUGAAACAAAUGGAGGUGGCUUUGGAUGCUGCAGAACUUGAUAAACAAAAUGCUGAAACUCAAGCUGCGCUGGCACAUGAGAGUGCAGAAGCUUCAAAGUUAGAAGUCAAACGAGUAGAUUUGAUGCUUUCUUCUGUGAUUGAGGAAAGAGAUAGAUUAAAAAAUGUUAUUGAUGAGUUGAAGAAGCAGACAAAUGUUGAAGCAGGUGGCGAUUUAGUGAAUGGAACUCUGGUCAAGGAGCUUGAAUCAAGUCUUGCCCAAAAGGAAUGCAGUAACAAGGAAUUGGAGAAUGACUUGCGUAAACUAAAAGAACUCAAUAGUGACCAGCAAAGUGAAAUAAAAUUGCUCACUGAGAAGUUAAAUAAUGAAGCCAGAAGAAUAAAAUCAUUGGAGCGGGAGAGUGAUCGCCUUCGUUCUGAAAUCUCCCUCUUGGAGUCCAAGCUGGGACAUGGUGAUUUUUCGUCUGCAAAUACGAAAGUUCUGCGAAUGGUGAAUACACUAGCAGUCGACAACGAAUCAAAACAGACAAUAGAAGCCUUAAGGAGUGAAUUACAGAAGACAAAGGAGAAGCUGCAAGCUGUUGAAGAAUUAAAAGCACAAUCAGGUGGUGCUGGGAAACUUGUAGACUCCUACAUUUCUGAAAAGAUACUGCAUUAUAAGGAGCAAAUUGCAACUCUUGAAAAACGUGAAGAGAGAUACAGAACUGUUUUUGCAGAUAGAAUCUCAGUGUUUAGAAGGGCUUGUUGUGAGCUUUUUGGUUAUAAGAUUGUAAUGGAUGAUCACCACCGUCCUGAUGGAAUUCCAGUUACACGUUUUACUCUCCAGUCUAUCUAUGCUCAAAAUGAUGAUGAAAAGCUUGAAUUUGAAUAUGAAUCUGGGAAUACAAACAUUUUGGCAAACGGUUACACCUCACAGCCUGAGAUAUCCCGUCAGGUCGACAUAUUCAUCCGGAAGUUGAAUUCAAUUCCGGCUUUUACUGCCAAUUUGACUGUGGAAUCUUUCAACAGACGCACUCUUUCCUGAGGUGUUGUAUCAUUGCCCCCUUUUGUCCCUCUACAAUCUCAUAACUCAAUUGGCAAUUUCCGAAUCAUAAAUGCAUAAACCAUGAGUUAUAGUAUUAAUUUGAAACUAUUCUAAUC